AUGGAGGGACAAAGCAUAAAAGAAGUACAAGUUGUGCCAACCGUCUUGGACGCUCCUCCAGUUUCAUCCCCAAGUGACGGCGAGACCCUUACAAGUCCUGAGAAUUUGACGGUUGAUGCCGAAAAUAUAGGACAUUCAACGAGAAGACUGGAUAGAAAGGCGCUUGCCUUGUUGCUUGUGCAACACCUAUCGAACUCGUGGGGGCUUCGUACAGCAGAAUUUGCGAUAUACCUCUUCCUCAUCACACUUUUCCCUGAUUCAUUGCUUCCUGCCUCGAUAUACGGGUUUCUCACUACGGGAACUGCAAUCCUCUUGUCAGGCUGGGCUGGCCAUCAGGUCGAUAUACGCCAUAACCUCAGACUUGUGCGGGUAUGCACUUUGACUCUCAAGGUCAUGGCAUGCAGUGCCUAUGCCGCUGCACUUGUCUUGAUGUAUCACAGCCGCAACCUCCAGCAUCCCUGGUCUUCAUCCCUUGCUCGAGGCAUGUUCUCUAUCAUCAUAAUAUGUGGUUGCAUCCACAAUCUAGCUGGCGUUGCUAUCUCUGUCGCAAUCGAAAGGGAUUGGGUGACAGUCAUUGCGGACGGGUCUUCCGAGCAUCUGACUACCAUUAACACUUAUAUGCGGCGAAUCGACUUGCUAUGCAAACUUCUUGCCCCGCUAUUCGUCUCUCUUCUUACUACGGCUGCUUCAUAUCCUUUUGCUGCCUAUUUCCUCUGUGGUAUCGAGGCGCUAUGCAUGGUGUUUGAAUUGAUAUGGAUAACAAUUGUCUAUCGUCGUUUUCCUCAGCUCCAGGCUGCACAGGCUGCCAAAGAAGCUUCAGGAGUACAUGCAGCUCAAUCGAGCGCAGCGUCCAGCAGUCUGAAGACUCAAGUAAUGACUUAUAUCAGAGAUAGCGUGUCUGAUUGGAAGGUGUUCACACAUCAUCCAAUAUUCAUGUCUUCCGUCGCGAUUUCUUGCCUUUAUUUCACUGUGCUCAGUUUCGACGGUACCAUGCUGAGCUAUCUCAAGGCUGAGACAUAUAGUGACCCAUUCGUGGCUGGCAUGCGUGCGCUCAACGUCGCCGCCGGUUUGGCAGGCACAUUAGCCAUGCCAUUGCUAGAACGGAAACUGGGCCUAGUGCGAGCCGGCAACUGGAGUAUAUGGUCAGAAGCGAUUUGUUUAGUUCCCGUUCUCAUCUCGUUCUACGUUGGAGCUCCACCGCCAGGUCAUCGCGCUCCAGCAUGGAAUGCUGCACUGCUAUUUGGAGGCAUGAUGCUUUCUCGUAUAGGCCUUUGGGCAUUUGAUCUGUGCCAGCUCAAAGAACUACAAAUCGCACUGGCUACCCAUCCUCGGCGCAAUGCAAUAACUGCUCUCCAGUACUCUCUACAAAACAUCGCAGACAUGCUCAAGUAUCUCCUCACCAUGAUACUAUCUCGGCCUUCGCAGUUCAAGAUCGCCGCCUUGACGUCUUUCGUGAGCGUGGUAGUUGGAGCAUCUACUUAUCUGGCAUAUGUGCGGAAAGAGCGCGGACAUAUCCUCCAUCACGACUUUGCCGACAUCAUCCCCUUAUUGAAACGCACAACGGGUUGA